UCGAGGUUACGGGGAAGUCGCGACAACAUGGCCACGUUGCAGCGGCCUAACCCUGUAUUUGCAAUUGUUUCCUUUUGAAGUCAUCAGUAUAUCGUCGUAUUUUUAAGAAGAGAUGAAUCGAUGUUUUUGUUUCCUUGUUUUUGGCGUCAACCUUUCACUGUCAACAGGAUUUAGAUAAGCGCAUAUGUACAAGUUAUGUGAAGGAAUUCUCGCUCUCUUACUGCACAAUGUUAUUGAUGUAGUUAUUUGCCCACGGGUAUUUGCUCUCAGCAUUCGGCUCACAGCUGGUUUGAAAACGAGAGCAGAGCAAAUCUUGUAUCGAGUAGACGCAUGUUGUGCAUGAUACUGUGUUUUGAGAGAAUGGUCGGUGUUUUUCCUAUAAUUUACACAUUCCCACAAUAUCUUGCAAAAUAAUUAGAGUGAUUGUCCACAGUACUCACAUGUUUGCAAAAUCACCAUGAGGCUUAAAUGCAGGUUGAUAAUUACUGUUGUUUUGGUGACAAUGUUGGUAUGGGCAGUACUGAGGUACCUAUUUAAAACAUUGAAGGGAAGUGCUGUGUACGAAAGUGGCAUAGAAGAGGUUUCUCUUCAUCAUGGUUUGGGAACUGCAAGACUGGUAAACAUUAACUACUUCAAACGCUUUUAUAGACCAGGUCUGAAUCCUGAUCCAGAGAGUCCUGGGAUGGAUGGAAAAGGAGUGUCAAAUCUUCCAGGGGAUAAGGAGCAAGAAGAAGCUUCUCUGAAAGACUUUGGUUUCAAUGUAGUGAGCAGCUCAAAGAUUUCCCUUGAAAGAACUGUCCCUGAUAAUAGGGAUGAAAGCUGCUUGACAAAAUUAUAUCCACUUAAACUGCCUUUAGCAAGUGUGAUUAUAAUAUUUUUCAAUGAGGCCUGGUCCACUCUCAUGAGAACUGUUCACACUGUGCUAGCUAGAUCACCUCCAGACAUGAUACAAGAAAUAAUUCUUGUGGAUGACAACAGUGAUCUUGUCAAGUUUGAUCAUUUAAAAGAGAAACUAGAAGUAUACAUAAAGAGAUUUGAUAAAGUUUUUCUAAUACGCUCACCGAAAAGAGUUGGAUUAACGCAGGCAAGGAUGAUUGGCGCUGACAACGCCGUCGGAGAUGUUUUAGUUUUUUUAGACUCUCAUUGUGAGGCCACUUUUGGCUGGCUGGAGCCAAUGCUGGCCAGAAUUAAAGAAAGUCGUAAUGUUGCUGUGGUACCAGACAUUGAGACAAUAGCUUUCAAGGACUUUGAAUACAGUACAGUAAAAGGGGAACUAGCAAGGGGUACAUUCAACUGGCAAAUGAUGUUUAUAUGGGGAGCAAUACCUGAAAAUGAAAAGAAAAGACGCAAGUCUCCUGCUGAUCCCAUCAGAUCACCAACAAUGGCUGGAGGCUUGUUUGCAAUCGAUCGGAAAUACUUCUUUGAAAUCGGGGCAUAUGAUCGACAGCUUACCUACUGGGGUGGUGAGAAUGUGGAAUUAUCUUUUAAGUUGUGGAUGUGUGGAGGUGCAGUCGAGAUUCUGCCUUGUUCACGUGUCGGUCACGUUUUUCGUACUCCUCCCUACAAAUCACCCGCAGGCUCAACAAAUCAUAACAUCGUUCGUGUUGCUGAAGUGUGGCUGGAUGAAUACAAGGAUAUGGUGUAUGGAUCAUUGCCCGAAUUAAGGCCAAAGAUGGGUGGUGAUGUGUCAGAAAGAAAGAAAGUGAGGGAACGACUGAAAUGUCGGAGUUUUAAAUGGUACCUUGAAAACAUUGCAGUAGAAAUGGCAGAUACAGACCCAAUGCCCUUAGGGCGCGGCCACCUAAAGAAUUUGGGUACAAAAACGUGUCUGGAUACUUUGGGAAUGAAGAAUGAAGGGACGAAGCCAGGACUCUACACUUGUCACGGCAUGGGCAAUAAUCAGUUUUUUAUGUACUCAAAGAGGUACGAGAUCUUUCACGAUAAACUAUGUGUGGAUUUUGAUGGCAAAGAAACGAUUCAGUUCUGGCAUUGUCACAAAUUAGGGGGUAAUCAAAAAUGGACUCACAAAAAGGAUGACGUAAUCAAACAUGAAGUCAGCGGAUUGUGCCUCCAAGCAGAUGAUGAAAAGCUAUCAAUGGGGCCCUGUCGCGACAACAAGGCUAAUCAAAAAUGGCAGUUUUAUAGCUACCCAUUUGACAAAACGUAAAUAAAUUUUAAUUAGAAAAUUUCUGAAUCAAUCUUUUUGCCUAAAAUAUGUAGAACAGAUAGAAAUUAUAUUUUAUACAAAAUGAAAUUAUUCUAAGUCUAAUAAUUCAAUAUUUUGUAAACAACAGCGUCUCACAAAGUUGAAUUUUUGUGUAUCUUGUUUUCCGUGAUAAUAUUUUAUCUCAAGCAGAUAUAAGAAUACUUUAUCAAUUACAGAGGAAUUUUUAGCUUACAUAAAUGCCUGAAAUAUAUAAAUUCAACUUUUUUCAGAUAUAUUUUGCAUCACUUCAAGUCUGUGAAAGUUAAUUAAAGAACAAUCGCAAAGUUUUUAUUUGCCACAUCUUUCAUAUAUACUUUUGAAAACUUCAAAACUUCUUCAAAACCUCUACAAUAGCUCUGAUGUAUCUAAGAUGCUAGGUCUGAAAAUAUUCACAAAAAUAUUCAACUUUAACGACCGAAAUGUAAGAACUACGUUCUGGAAAAUAUCAAUUAUCUUGCAAAAUAUUGACUUUCUAAAUACAUAUGUAGUAAAAAUUAAAACAAUACAAUAGAGUUGUUUUGUUCAUCUAAAUUACUUAAAAACAAUUAAAGAUCGUUAAAAUUUUAUAUCAACACUUUAUUUUUAGAAUCUCAUUUCAAAAUUUGUUCGUUUAAGCUGUAAUUUAUAUUAAGAAGCAAAUUAUCAAAAACAUAUUUGUGAAAAACAAGGACUAAAUAAAGCUUUUACAUAAUUGACACGCAAGACGUGACUUUCAUUUAGGUAUUACCUUAUUGAUACAGAAGUCAUGGCUUUCAUUUAGUGUUGUAUUAAGGUUGUCUAUUGAAAGGGGUGUAAAGUUUUCAAAUUCUUGAGUAACUUUACCUGAAAUGCAACGAAGUAGCUUAGGAAAUGGGAGACAUUGAAUAUUUGCAUUCUACUACGUGGUUUAUGUACCUCGUUUGUUGAUCUUUUGGAGAAUUAU